CAGCAAAGACUCCGUCCGCCUCGGCCACCGCCUCCAAAGAUACAGCGUUCAUCUAGGCCCGUUCGCCCGCCAAGACCUCAUGUUGUUAAGAGGCCCAAGAGCAAUAUUGCUGUGGAAGGACGAAGGACCUCAGUUUCUAGUCCAGAACAGCCUCAACCGUACCGGGCCCUGAAAGAAUCUGAUAGUGCUGAUGGGGAAGAGGCAGCCAGUCCAGAAAAAUCAAAAGAGCCUCUGCCUCCAAGCCCUUUGCUCUCAAGUAAGGCCACAGAAAUCAACCUUCUUGAAGACAUUUUCCCUAACUUGGAAGUAGAAACGCAGCCUCAGCCUCUCAGCCAAGCCAAGAGCCUAGAAGACCUGCGGACUCCCAAAGAAGAGGGAGAUCAGCGAUGCACAUUUGAUUACCAGAGAAUGGAUCUUGGUGUUUCUGAGAGGAACAGGAUUAUGCCAACCAUGAAGCUGUCUCACCCUUACAACAAGCUGUGGAGUAUGGGCCAUGAUGAUAUGGCUAUUCCUACCAAGUAUUCCCAAAGCUCACCGGAAAGGCCCUUGACUGCACUUGGUAACAUGCCACCAAUCACAAGAAGACCCCGCAGCAGAGACAGCAUUCUGGCUCCUGCAGAAAAGGAUGAAUCAAAUCCUGCCAUUCAAGGAAACAUCACCAUUCCUAGGCCACAGGGAAGAAAGACUCCUGAACUGGGGAUAGUACCACCACCACCAGCGCCCAGGGCUGCCAAGCAUCAGACUCCAGCUGGGCCAACAGAAAUUCUCACCACCCAUGCUACAGGACGUAGCCAUUUGGUUUCAGAUCUUAUGCCAGAGCCCUUUGGAGUUGGUAGUGUGUCCUUAGACCCUGAAAUUCAGCAGUCUGUGAAUUAUUCCUCUCAUCCGUCUCUGCUUUUGUCCAGUGCUACCAGCACUGCUGACAUGCUGCAGCCUGUCAAGGUGAAAACAGAUAAUACAGGUAGUGAAAGCGACUACCUUCUUAACCUCCUGGAUCCGUUAAAAACAGCCAGCUGGCAAAGCAGUGGCCCACAGCAAAGUCCCCACAGCCUGCAAAGCUCAGCCACUCCACCUUCUGCAGCUGGCUUUGUCUCAGUGGCAAGUGACUUUGUGCCUCCUCCAGCUGCACCAUUUGUCCAGCCACUUAGUUAUCCUUCCCCAGCAGCACCACGUUUUUUACAGCCAUCUUCUAAUCCAUUUACACAAACAGUGCCAGGAGCCCUUUCAGUGUCUCUAGUUAGACCCCCAAGGGGCUCUUUCACCCCCUCUUUAGGUCAUGCUUAUAGCUCUAGCUUCAUAACGCCUAAUUCUAGCUUCUACCCACCACAAAGACCUCAACCAAACAUUUCAACACUAUCCAUGCCAAACUUGUUUAGCCAGGCUGCCCCUGUGCCACCAGCUGGCUCCUUAUUGCUGCAGAGCCACAGCCCUUCUCCAACAAGCUCUCUACAGCCAGCAUGUUUAAGUGGUCCUUCUAAAACCAGAACAUUACAGGUGGGCCAGUCCAGCUCAAAGGUAGAUCCCAAACAAGCACUAGCUCUCCUGUCUAAUGAACCCCCUUUGAUCCCUUCCAGGCCAGCUAAGGUCUUAGAGUCAGUGUUACUAUCCUCAAAAUCUGAGGAGACAAAAGAUCCAUUUGAAGAUUUGUUGAAAAAGACAAAGCAAGAUGUGUCAUCCACACCAGGUAAGGUUGAACAACUCAGAAAGCGAUGGGAAACCUUUGAGUAA